AUGGCAGUUUAUGGCGAACAUCGAUCUCUUGACGGCUCUCUCCCUCAUGAGCUCACCUCCAAGACUCCCUUCCUCAGCCUCAAGCUCUACGUCCUCAUCGGAAUCCUCAGCUUCUUUGCGCUCUCCAUUGGUCUCGUCAUAUACCUCUGCAUCCGUGCCAGUGGCACCUUAGAGAAGCGCCAAAUGCUAACAAAAGAGAUGAACUCACAGGCAUCAUCAGGGCCUUCCCCUGAGGUUUUCCUAAGUUUUCGAGGAGCAGACACCCGUUAUGGAUUCACCGAUUUUCUUUACUAUGGCAUGGUUGAGGCCGGGAUCCUUGUCUUUAGGGACAAUGAAUCCCUCCAUGUCGGUAAAAGAAUUGGCCAUGAACUUCUUCAAGCAAUCGAGAACUCCAAGAUUUACAUUCCCAUUUUUUCCAAGAAUUAUGCUUCGAGUCACUGGUGCCUCCGAGAGCUCGCAUAUAUGGUCAAGUGUACCUCCAAAUCGAAUGAGAAUAAAGAGAUUUUACCCAUUUUCUUGGAUGUGGAGCCUGACGAUGUCAUGCUCAAAACAAACUUAUACCGCAAAGCUCUAUCGAAGUAUCAAAAAAAGUUUUGCACUGAAGUUGAAUCAUGGAAAAAGGCUCUUAUUGAGGUGGACGAGAUAAAGGGAUGGAACUUGAAGAAAGAUGGAAGGUGUAUAUACAUAGAGGAACUUCCACAUUCGGUUGGCAAAUUACAAUCUUUAGUCGAGUUGGAUUUGUCAUUGACAAGUAUUGGUCACCUACCUGAUUCAAUCGGCAAUCUCAAGCAAUUGAAAAUACUAAGGAUAAGCGGCAUAAGAGAGAUAACAAGAUUACCAAGUGCAAUUGGGUUGGUGGAGAAGCUUGAAGAGUUAGAUGCUCGAGGAUGUUACAACUUGACUGGUGAAAUUCUUGAAGAAAUUGGGAGAUUGUCCCGUUUGAGGAUCCUAGAUUUAUCAAACACGUGUAUAUCUGGAUUACCCGCCACAAUGAGUCACCUCUCUAAUCUCCAAACACUUAAGCUAGAAAAAAGUCCCAAACUUAAACAAUUGCCUGAGCUUCCCCCAAAUUUGACUUGUCUGAGAUGGGGCCCUAAAAAUUGUUGGUGUUCUUCUGCGGAGGAGCAUAGAUAUGAGCCGGAGGAAUAUUGGCAGGAGCAAAACCGUGCUCGUGAGGAAUAUGAGCAGGAAAUAGAGCGUCAUGCUCUUAAAGAAUACGGGAUAGCUCUCCCUCUUCCCACUAGAAUUGGUGCCUUAUCUCAAUAG